ACUUCUACUGAUAUAUUAGGUUAAUAAAAGUAACGAAAAAUAUGUAUUGAUCAGAAAUAGUCCUGUCAUUUAAUAUAAUAUAAUAAAACAAUUGUUUUUUUUAUGAACGGUUUUAUUUAGUAAAUUUCAAGUACAGUUACAUGUAUGAAUAUAAUCAUUGGUGUUGCUAAGACUGUAACCUUGUAGAUUUCGCGGAAACAUAAUAAGAAAUGCGGUUGUUUCGUAGAUGCAAGUUUCACGUUUAUCGUGAUGGCAAACGAAGACAAAACCCACGUUUUUUCCACAAAUAAAAUAAUCUAGUUUAUAUCUUAUCUUUUUUGAAAAUUUAUCACUAUUUGUAAAUGUAAAGUUUUGUAUAUAUAUAUAUCAUCUAAGAUACAAAUGAUUAGGAUACGUAACAAUGUACAAUAAAAAUAAUGAUGAAAACCAAGAACAGUACAAUGGAGACAAAUAUUAUCAAAGCGUUUUUAACAAAUUUGAUAAAAAUAAAUCUGGUGGCAUUGAACAAUUUGAAAUGCGACAUAUUCUAAAAAGCGAAGAUGAUGUACCCGAAGAAGUUUCAAAAAUAAUAUUCGAUAAUGCCGAUACAAAUGAAGAUGGUGUUUUGGAUCCCAACGAAUUUAAUUGUAUGAUAAAAGACAAAAAAAACAAAUCGAUAUUUACCAGAUAUGUUAAUAUAUACAUUCGAUAUGUUUUACCAAGAAAAAAACGGAUUCAUAUAAAUGAGGAUUGUAUAGAUGGCGUUUAUGAAGAACAUUAUACAUGGUGGCCGCCGCCGUUGAUUUUAAUUAUAAUAUCUGCUAUAGAAUUAACUUUAUUUAUUGUGGAUGAAACUUCUUCUCGUUUAGGACCCACGGCUACAUUACUCAUUUACGAUCCUUUCAGAAGAGAAGAAGCCUGGAGAUUUUUUACUUAUAUGCUGGUACAUAUAGGGUUUACGCAUAUUACAAUCAACAUAAUAGUCCAACUUUUUUUGGGUUUUCCUUUGGAAAUGGUGCAUAAAUGGAGAGUAAUGAUUGUAUAUUUUUCUGGGGUAGUAGCUGGUUCUCUCGGUACGUCCAUAAUGGAUCCUGGUACGUACUUAGCAGGAGCUAGCGGUGGGGUUUAUGCUUUACUCACUGGACACAUAGGAACCAUAUUUAUGAAUUGGAAUGAAAUGUGUUUUCCCGUUCUACAAGUGGGAUUGUAUAUUCUAAUAAUAAUGUUCGAUGUUGGUGAUUCCGUUUAUAAUAGAUACGUUCAAAAAACCGGGGAAAAUAUAGGUUAUGUUGCUCACUUUUGUGGCGCCAUCGCCGGGCUCCUAGUUGGAAUUUGGAAUUUAAAAAAUUUUGUGCCGUCCAAAAAAGAAACUUACAUAUGGUGGGCGGCACUUACUAUUUAUAUUAUUUUCAUGGGUAUUAUGGUGCUGCUCAACGUAUUUUGGAAGGACCACUUUAUUUAUACCAACGUGAUUUAAUUUUUUUUUCAGACUAAUUCAAUGUAUUCAAAAUUAUUUUAUUUUUUAUUAUCCAAACUUAUUGUUUCAAUACAUUUAUACGAAAAGAAUAAAAAAUUGUUUUACUCGAAUAAAAAUCCUCAA